GCUUUAAAAAGAAUGACUCUGAUGCAAAAUUUGAAAGCUUUUUCAUGGGUCACGAGGACAUUGCAUCAACCUUCAGACCACAGUCACUCCCAUUGUCCACACUGUUUGACCAAUCCUUCCUGUUUGGUUCAAAGAAGCGUCUUCCGCCUGGUGCGUGCUGCCAUAGAGUUCCUCUACCACGGUGCAAGAUCUUCUCAUGGCACCGCCUCGUCAAAGUCCGAUUGCUGGGCAGCCGACUAAGGACGAACGGGAACGAUUUUGGCGGCAAUGGCGUGAACUGAAAGACCGGUACGGGCUCUGCUGGAUCGCUGCGGAAGGGCGUUUGUCGUCGACCGCGUUGGAGCGGCCCCGAAGAGGCGAAGUCGUGGAGCCGUGGAUCGGUGCCAUCAUCCGGCUCUCCAAGGCGGUGCUGAGAGCGGACCUGGAGAAGAUGGACGACAUGCUGAAUUUCGAUUCCAAGUUCAAUUUCUUGAAUUCUUGUGGUCAAGCCUUCCUGGAGACUUUGAAGGGAGAGCUUCUUCCGCAGCGGUUGACCGCCCUGGCAUCCUUGAGGCAAACCGGAAUCCCCGAGGCCGUGGAAGUCCUUGGCCUGUUGCUCCGGGAACUUUGGGCUCGCGUCACAGGUGGCAACUCCAAGCUCUGUGACCAAGAGGCAACAAAGUUGCAGCGAUUGCUGGAUUUGAUGUGGAAGGCCAUCGCAGACUGGGAGCGAGUGAAGAAUCCAAACCAGAUCGAGUGGUGUGGCCACUUCUGUGGACCCAUUUGGGCCCUCCGGCAGAGUCGUGGCGAGGGUCCUCCGGAUCCUGUGGACUACGACAUGGCCAUGGAGGAUUUGAGGCUUCUAAGAAACAAAGCCCAAUGCAUUCUGACCACAAGGGAGCUCACAGUAGAUCAAGAGGGAAUGAGACAAAACUUGAAUGGGUUGAAGGGCUCGACGUUAAGCUUGAAGGAAGAAGUGAAGGAAUUGCAACAGGACAAGUUGCAGAUGAAGAAGGAGUUGGAGAGGCUGAUGUCGGAGAAAGUGACGGAGAUGGAUGACAAACUGAAGAAGAUGGAGCACGAAUAUUCAGCCGCGAGGGAGCUGCAUGAGAAGCUGCAGAGUGAACUCCUGAGGGUGAAGGAUGAGUCCCAUCAGUUGCAGAAUGAACAGCUAAAGAUGAAUGAGGAGUUGCAGCAGGUGAAGUCGGAGAAUGAGAAGUUGACAUGCCAGGUGAAGGAGAUGGAGGAGAACAUGAAGGAGAUGAAGCAUGUGCAGCAUGAGUCUUCGGCCUGGAAGGAGCUGCAUGAGAAGCUGGAGAAUGAGCUUUUCAGGUUGAAGGAUGAGCUGAUGGAGUUGCAGAAUGAGAAGAUGAAGACGAAUGAGGAGCUGCAGGAGGUCAAGGUGGAAAAUGAGAACAUCAAGUGCCAAGUAGCCCACGUUGAGGCGACUCAAAGAGUGCAGGUCGAGGUGCAUCUCAAGUCAUUGGAGUCAGAAUUACUGAACAUGAAGGGUGAGUUGCAGGAGUUUAGAAAGAAGACCGAAGCAUCAAGCAUGAAGGCUGAUUCCGAGAAGCUGGAGUUGCAGAGAGAGUUGCUGAACAUAAAGAAGGAUUUGAUGAGCAUGAAGUAUGAUCACUUGACCUCCAAUGACAACUUGAAGAUGAAGAAAGAGUUGGCUGAGUUGAUGCUGCACCAACUGUUGCAUGUGUCCAGUUGUGCAAAGACCGAGUUCAGCGACGUCUGCUCAGAGGCGUCUUGGGUCAAAAUCGACGAAGAGACCAGCAUAUUGCUCAGUGCAAGUUCCGGCUUUUCUGUGGACACAAGUGGUCCCCACUGCUUUACGCUUGACACCAUGUUCAAGACGCCUACUGGCUCCUUCCUGAGCGCUCUGCAGUUGCUGAAAGACACUCAGAUCCUGGCAGCCGAUGGGUCCACCGUUUUGGUGGUUGCUUCACCUCCAGAACAGCACGCUGCCCGAGGGAUGGUGGUCCUCGAGGCAAACGAAGCUAAACUGAAAGUGACUACGGACCACCGUGUUGUGCUGGCCUCUGGUCACCUUGUAUCCGCUGCGCAGCUGAAAGUGGGAGAUGAGGUUGUGGUUGACGGUGUUCCCACGAAGCUGACUUCGGUGGACUUCAUCCUAGGCGAAGUGCGGGUUUUGAAGAUCACCUUCCAGCCGGACGAGCCAGUGGCGGUGUUUCAUCAGCCAGACCUCCCAGUGGCAGUGUCGCAGCCAUCUACCCAUAGCCAUGGCCAUAAGCCCAAGAAGAUUCGCCGUGGUGGGAAGCAUUAUCACACGGUCAAGGAAGCAGCAGAUGCCUGGAGUAUCCCUGACACCCAGGGCUAUUAUUCUGAUUGAAAGGAGCCGCAGAAGAUUGGAUGAAUUGGAGCUCGAGUUGACGACGCUGAGCGCACUCCUCACCAUGCAAAUUAACGCAGAUGCAAUUGCGGUCAUUGGCAAUCAUCAGCAAUUAUAUUGGGCGCAACGUCCAUCUGGCACACAGAAUGUUAGAUUCUCC